AUGGCGGCAGCGGCUCUGCUCCUUCCCAGCCUCGCGGCGCCCACGGCCACGCAGCGCCGCACCCACAGCUCGCUGCAGCCGCAACUCCAGCUCCAGCUUCAGCGCGGCUCCCUCGCCUCUCGCUCUCGGUCCCUCCAGCCUCCGCGGCGGCAGCGGCCGCGGCUCGCGGUCUCGGCCGUGCAAGAGACGAAAGAGGGGAAGGCGAAGACGGCCGAGGAGAUCACCGAGAAGUACGGGCUCGAGUUCGGCCUCUGGAAAGUGUUCAGCUCCAAGGACGAGGAGGAAGGGGGCGAGGGGAAGAAGUCCCGGACGGACCAGGCCAAGGAGCUCCUGGCCAAGUACGGCGGCGCGUACCUGGCCACCUCCAUCUCGCUCUCCCUCGUCUCCUUCACCCUCUGCUACCUCCUCAUCAGCGCCGGCGUCGACGUGCAGGAGCUGCUCGCCAAGGUCGGGAUCGUGACAGGGGAAACUGGAGGGAAGGUCGGGACCUUCGCGUUGGCCUACGCCGCGCACAAGGCCGCGUCGCCGAUCAGGUUCCCGCCGACGGUGGCGCUGACGCCGGUGGUGGCCAGCUGGAUUGGCAAGAUCAGCAAGGGCGGCGACUGA